UUUACUACAAUUUGUAAACCGCGUUAUAUCGAAACCGCGUUGUUCAAGUAUCACGUUAUACAAGGGUUAUCUAAGUGCAAGGGUAUAUUGUUUUUUCAACCGUCAACUCUUAUGCGACUGCACACAGAAUAAAUAUACAUAUGUCAAAAACUAAAGAGGUGAUGCACAGGUAGUUACGUAAUUUCUGCGUGUACAUUAGUUAUUGACGCUUACUCUAACAUUUCGGAAAAUAGAAUGACUGAAUUUAAUGAUUCUCUGUAACAUGUAUAAUUUCUCUUUAACGCAUAUAAUUGUACAAAUACACUAUGCAACAGCUCGUCUUUACACGUGUAUAAUAAUUAUAAAAGACAAUUACGUUAAUAUACUUAUAUAAACAAAAAGAGAAGAGAAAGAGAAAGUGAGAGGAAAAGAGAACAGAGAUCUUUCAGACAAUUUCUGUGACAAUCGUGCCAACUGACACCUGAAUUUACAAUGACUCAUCAACUUCUGUUUUAGAGGAAUUCAAUCUUUCAAAAGUCACAUGCUGUUGAUUACAAUUGAGAAAUUGCAACGCAAAUUUGUACACCAAGAUAAAAUUGUUUUCUCAAAGUACAUAUACCAAACAGCCAAUAUUGUUUUUAUGUGUGAAAUAUUGAGAAUUUCAAAUUAUAUGACACCUAAGUAAUCAUCUGCACAUAUUUUGUUUGUUGAGUAAUAUUUUAUUUUAUACUUUAGACAAUUUUUUCAACAAAUAUUUACAGUCGCCACGUCGGUCUGUUUGCGGUAGAAUAUAUAAUCAAAUUUGGAAAUUUACGCUGGAUGUAAUUUUUAAAUGUCAUUCGGGAGCAUCUCAGUGACAGUCGCACAAUAUAAACUCAUAAAACAACGCUCACAAACAUGUCAUAAAUAUUUUUAUGGCUAUUAUCGUCUAUUCUAUUUACCGAUCGCGACAUAACUGUUUUAUUCAUAGCACAGAAUUUGAACAAAAAAGCGCGCAAUACCAAUCCUACUAUCUUUCCUGCAACGAUAUCGAAGAAAUAUGAACUGACGACUGGAAACAACGACUGGCAACAACGGAAUUUUUUUGAGCGGAAAAAAAUACAUCAAUGAAAAUUGAAUGCGAGUAAAAUAAUUCUAUUCGUAAUUCUUUUCGUACACAAAGCAUAUCGGGGAAGUCGAACGGACAUCAAGGUGUAAUGCGAAGCGGCGUGAAGAAUUUCAAGACCGUCGAAUAAGGGUUGUAGACUCUAACUGCAUUCUCUGUGGCAUCGCUGUAUUUUUCGCUCUCGUUACGCGAAGAAUAAUUUUCACCGUCGUUAUUCUUAUUAUCUCACGAGGAACGUCCGAUAGAUAAAAUAUUUAAUGAAGACGUCGAUGAAAUUCAAAGAUGAAGAUGAAAAGUAUGACCACUCGAGUCCAGCCGAUUUCGAACGGGCAAUCGACGCGACAGGCUACGGGAAAUUUAACUACUUCUUGCUACUGGCAAUAUUGCCGGCCGCAAUCUCUAGCAUCUUCUCGUCGUCGGUGAUGUCUUAUGUGUUACCGUCUGCCGAGUGCGAUCUUCAACUGACAAUGUUCGACAAGGGAUUGCUGAACUCAAUGGCGUACGCAGGAAUGAUCAUGUCGGCGUUUUUCUGGGGUUUUAUGGCCGACACGUUCGGCCGUAAGAAACUAAUGGUCUACGGUUAUCUGAUUACUGGUAUACUUAGUCUGGCAACGUCUUUUUCGCACACCUCUUGGCUUUUGAUCUUGUUCAAAUUUUUAGACGGCGUAAUUAUAUCGGGCCCUUAUGCAGCUCUUAUGUCGUACUUGGCGGAGAUACACAACGAAGUGCAUCGAUCGCGCUCAUAUAUGUGGCUUGGCGUGUUUUUUUCGCUUGGAAACAUUUCUCUACCAUGUAUAGCAUGGCUCGUGAUACCUCAAAAGUGGGACAUCACUUUCUUGAACGGAACCAUGGGAAUAAGUUCCUGGAGAGUGUUCCUGGCGAUCUGUUCGAUACCCGAGUUUCUCGCGUGCUUUGCUUUUUUCGCGUUUCCGGAGAGUCCGCGCUUCCUCAUUCUGAAGGGUCGACAUGAAGAGGCGUUGAACGUUUUUCGAAAAAUGUAUUCGCUCAAUACUGGAAAAGAUCCCGACACAUAUCCGAUAAAAGCUCUUGAGAACGAAUAUAAUGUCGAAUCCUCCGGCCACGGUUUUUUGGACAACGUGCACACGUGCUGGAAACAAAUGAAAAUUCUUUUCUUGCCACCCAUCGUCUUCAAAUUGUUUCUGAUAUCGAUGAUACAGGUCGGAGCAACGAUAGGAUCAAACUCGCUUCGACUUUGGAUGCCGCAACUGUUUGCGAUGAUCGAGAGUUACAAAAGUUUCAUGAAAAACGACACCGAAACGAUGUCUGGUUCGCCUUCAUUCUGUUACAUGUUAGGUCAAGAAAAAUUGUAUCUAAAUUCCACUCAUUAUUCUGUCAAUCAAACUACAAACGGCGCUGUGAAUAAUGUAUGCGUUUCGUCGCAACUGAACUCCAGAGUGUUCAUCAAUUCCAUCGUCAUCGCUACCACGGGGAUUAUUGGCUACACUCUGGCGGGUUCUUUGAUCACCAUAGUUGGAAAAAAGAAAUUAAUGGCAAUUUGUUUCCUCGUCGCUGCUGGCUGUUGCGGCUCGCUUUACUGGGCCGAAGAUACUGAUAGUAUUCUCGGAUUGUCUUCCGUGUUCGUUGCCAUGUCGAGUAUAGGCGGUGCAACUGUAACGAAUGUUAUCGUUGACAACUUCCCGACAUGUUUACGAACCAUGGCGGUCAGUAUAACCAUGAUGAUGGGAAGAAUAGGCGCAGUAAUAGGCAAUUUAUUGUUUCCCGUUUUAUUCGAUAUAUCGUGUUUAGGUCCUUUCAUUAUGAUCGGCUCGGCUUGUUUAGUAUCUGCUCUUCUAAUUAUUGUUUUACCUCGGAAAACAUCGCAGAUUAACACACAGGACAAUAUUGUUUGACUCUAUCGUAAACAAAUCGUGAUAUUUCGCUCUUUGAAGAAUAAUUAUUGAAAUAUGUAAAUACGAUUUUGUCUUUAUAAAUGUUAAGGACGAUAAAAUGUGAUAUCGUUUUAUAUCCAUUUUAUAAAUUCAUUAUGUAAAUACGUACAUUCAUAUAGAGAAUAAGAUCCGCUCGGUCCCACCUAUAUUGUACGAAUAUUUUGUUCGUACAAUCAAUUGUAUAGUACGUACAAUAUGUGUAUAUAUAUAUAUAUAUAUAUAUAUNGUAUAUAUAUAUAUAUAUAUAUAUAUAUAUAUACGUAUAAGUAUAUUAGAAACAUUAUAUAAAAUAUUGCAACAAUAUUGAUGCAAACUUCGUAAAACUACGUAUUAUUAUUACUAUUCUCGUAUUCAUAUAAAAUUAUGAUAUACAUCGUAGUAUUUUGUUAUAAAUCUUUUAAUAAUUAGCAAU